AUGCCGAAGAAUACUCCCGAAGGUGCGACAAGUGCCAGCGAUGGCCCGAUGAAACACCAGCCUGCAGAAGACUUGCACGCGAUGGCGAAUCUAUGGCCAUUUGCACAAUGGAGGAUUGAUAUGGUAGGUCCUUUACCCAAAACAGUGGAGCAAAAGGAAUAUGUGUUGUUAGCCACGGAUUACUUCACAAAAUGGGUGGAGGCAGAGGCUUAUUCAAGUGUGACCCACAAGCAAGUAAAGAGUUUUCUAUUGAACAACAUAAUCUGCCGAUUUGAAGUACCAAAAGUUAUCAUGAUGGAUAAUGGUCCAAACUUGGACAACAGAAGCACCAGAAAUUUUUUUACCGAGCAUGGGAUCAGGCAGAAGUUGGCCACAGUUAGCCAUCCGUAG